UCAAGCUUCAAGAACAAAAACAAAAACUGAAACGUCCAGGUUUUUUGGGUUUUGAUUCGUACAAAUCAAAUUUAAUGUCUCGCAAGCUGUGAAUAUUGAGAAAAUUACCUCACCCACGAUGGAAAAGCGGCUUUCAUCGGAGCGCAACCUUGGCGCUUCGUCCAACACCAGCCUCGCGGCACCAACAUCCCGGUACAACCUCCGGAACCGAGGUCCCGCCCCGUUCGCCAAGAUGGCCGAGCAGGAGUGCCCGAUUUGUUUCUCCAGCGUGUACGAGGCGCCGGUGGUCCUGAACUGCGAGCACACCAUUUGCGGUCCCUGUACGAAGAAAGUGCUGGCCAAGUACAAGCACUGCCCAAUCUGCAACACGGUCCUCAUCCGUGCGCUCUUCCUGAACGAUACCAGCUACACCCGGAAGCUGACGAAGCGCAACAGGAGUCCGGUCAAGCCAACGACUCGGUCGGCCGGUCGGGCCGCCAAGAGCGAACCACCGUCGGAGUUUGUCAGAAACGGCGCGAGUGGCAAUGUGGUGGAAAGGUUGGCCCGGAAGAGACGCCUUCAGAACCGGGAUAGGACGCCGGAACGAUCCGAGCAGCAGCAGCAGGGGCAGUCGGCGGGUUCAAGUCAAUCUUUGGCCUUGUGCGUUACACCGUUGGCACGGCCCUCGGACAACAAGGUUAUGAUGCGUGUUGUCUUCUGAAAGUUUGUUAGUUUGGUCAGGAUUUGUGUUUGUUGGAGAAAAUUACUUUGAGAAAUGUUAUGUUGUGGGUGCAACGUUUCAAUUUCCCUGUAGUUUGUAGUAAAGCUGCUUGAACAAGGAGAGGUGGCACUUGCUGGAGCAAAAUUAUUUUCAUGGCAGUCAAUAUUUGAAUAAAUAAUUUCCCUUAUUAAAUGUUACAA